AUGGCCCCAGGUAUAUCUUACGAUGACUCGGGAUCGCUAGCAUCUUACUUUGGUGUCACAUUCCUCGCCAUCAUCCUCCUACCCGCCACGUACAUCCUGACCGCCUUUUCAGACACCACAAAACCUCUCUGUACCUGCUCUGAAUGUCAGGAUGCCCGGUCAAGAGUUUUACAAGUGGAGAAGCGUAAUCGACCCUCUCGUUUCCGACGACGAAUACUGCCACUACUACUCGGAUGGACAUUUCUCGCCUAUCUCUGCUACGCCCUUGCUACUGCACCUCGUAUAGCUGGGGAGACAGUCUAUAACCCUUUCGAAAUCCUUGGGCUUAGUGACUCGAGCUCAGACAAACAGAUCAAAAAGCAUUACAAAAAGCUAUCUUUGCAAUUUCAUCCGGACAAGAUCAAACUUGCGGACAAUCAGACGAAAGAAGACGCCGAUGCUAAAUUUGUCGAACUGACAAAGGCCUACAAAUCCUUGACGGAUGAGGUAACGAGGGAGAAUUUGGCAAAGUAUGGGAAUCCCGAUGGACCGCAACAGAGAGAAGAUAAAAUCGCCAUUCCACAAUGGGUGGUCGAGGGGAAGAACAGUAUCGCUGUGUUGGCUGCAUACGCUUUGCUUUUGGGUGGAGGGAUACCAUACGUUGUGGGCCGAUGGUGGUUCUCUCAACGUCAGUUGACAAGAGACGGGAUCCUUAAUGCUUCAGCCGAGACAUUCUUUUUGUCCUUGCGAGAAGACACAGACUUUUUCUCCCUCAUUGCUCUCCUCGCUUCGGCAGUCGAAUUCCAAGCUCUUCUGGCUGGCAAAAAAGCCGGAAGCAAAAAAGAGCGCAAAGAGAGACAAGCCAAGAUUGAGACUCUGGAGAAGGCUAUUGAGGCAAAGAAGGAAGAAUGGGACGUUCAUCAAAGUCCGUUGGCCCGAAGGGAAGGCAGGGUACAAGUCACCAGUGCGGCUGCCCGACGUGCCCAAGCCCUUCUCUGGACACAUUUGCUCAGAAUGGAUCUUAGUGAGCCAGAGCUCCGGUCAGAAAUGUUGUCCAUGCUGCAGAAUAUGCCCACAAUCCUAAAUGGUCUGCUAAACAUCGCGCUCGCUAGGAAUUGGCUCGCGACCUCUCUCCUGGCCAUUUCUCUUCAGCCCUGUUUGGUGCAAGCCUUACCGCCAGACGUCUCACCUUUGGCCCAGUUUCCCGACGUGGGGCCGGAAUUGGGGCAAGAGAUGCAGAUAAGAUUAGGAGCGGAAGGGAAGCGGUGGUUGGAGAAAUGGCAUGCAGCGAAGAAAGAAGAGAAGUGGGUGUCGGAGAGGACAUUGGAGGUGGUCAAUCGGUGGCCAAGACUGGAAGUAACCGAUGUCAAGUUCACCGGUAUUCCGAUACUCUGUUUUCCCUUUCCUCAAUCCUGUGGCCGAAUAUUGGUAUCCGGAGAAAGACAAAUCACGCCUAGCGCCAUCGUCAAGCUUACUUGGAAAUGUCGCUAUGUCUAUCCCUCCACUCCUCUUACGACAAGCACAACUGAGAAAUCCUCCAAUGGGCACAUGCAUCUGAAUGAGAUUAUUGUGGAAAAGGUGCAGAAACGUGAGAGAUCGAAAAGUGACAUUGAGAAUUCUGAGGAUAAGCAAUGGAGUUCCAAUGGGUACGCUCAUGCUCCCAGAUGGCCACAGCUUCGAAAACCUCAUUAUUACGUCUUAUUAGGCGAUUCGAAAAAUGACAGAGUCAUUGUAGCCCCUACUAAAAUAACCGACAUACCUUUCCCUCCUGAAGAUCUUACUCAACCUACCGAAUCACGCGAAUACAACCUCCAAUUUCAAGCUCCUCCUCAAGCGAAUACAUAUACUUUUGUAGCUCACUGGAGGAGUGAUACUUAUUUAGGCGCUGAUGUGGCGGUACCCAUUGUUGUGAGUCAAAUCUUUUUACAAGUGGAAGAACCACAAGAAGAUGAAUCUUCAGAAGAUGAUAUUUCUGAACCGGACGAAGAUACUUUAGCAGGACAAAUGACAAUGAUGAGAGGGGGAAAAGUAAAAGCUUCUCCGAUACAUGACGAUGAUGAGAGUGAAUAUACGAGUAGUGAUGAUGAGGAUCUUGGUCCUAGAAGAGGUCGAGCGAUCAAUGAGGAUUCGGAUAGUGAUAGUGAUUAG